GUUUUGAUUCUCAGGUUCUUGACAAGGCCGCGUAUCACCCAGCACUGAGCCGCUACCGACGAAAAGAUUAAAGUUUCAUUCGACAAAAUUUUCAUUCAUGAUUAUCCGAGUGGUUCUGUAAAACGGAUGCAAACGCCAUGAGCAGUUGCCAAGACUUGAAUGAAUCUAUCCAGCUGUACAAUGAGCAGCUUGUUCAGGUGAAUCAGGCCUUGGAGAGCGCAGGCGAUGGCCCCGAGCGAGAAUCAUUGCUGAACUUGAAGAGUGACCUUGAGGAACUGCUAAAGCUCACCCUCGAGACUGUCGAGCACGAGACUGAUGAUGACCCGGACCAGCCGGAUGCUCCGGCUUCGGGCAGCAGCAAUGAGGAUGACGAGUUUGCUUUGUUCAUGUCGGAAAUAAAUGCACUGGAUGCACCGAAACCUGAGGCACAACCACCAUCCAAGAAGGACGAUGUCGGCGUGAGUGAGCAGGAUCCGUUCAAAGAUCUCGUCGGUAGCAAGUGCUCGGCCCCGCAUGUGCACAAGUGGGGAUCGAAGUCGUACCAUAACGCUUUGAUAUGCAGCCUGGACUCUUCGGAUCUGGAAGAUGUAUCAGCGAAGGUACUGUUCAUCAACCCAACCCAUCAGGAAAUGAUUCCUUGCGUUUACUUCCUCGAGGGUGACUGCAAAUUUGACGACGAAAAGUGCCGCUUCUCACAUGGGGAAGUCGUUCCGGUUAGCGAAUUGAAGGAAUAUCGUCAGCCUAGAUUUGAACUUUUGAAAAGGAAGGGUUGCAGGGUAUUGGCAAAGCAUAGGAAUCGUAUUUGGAGCAAAGGAACAAUCAAACAGGUCGAUUUCGAUAGUAAAACGUGCAAAAUUCAAAUGGACGAAGGACGUCACGAGGUGGAGUUGCAGUUCGAAGAUAUUCUGCCAAUGGAGGAUGAUGGCGCGUCACUUAGUUCAGAUUCCGAGUCAAAUACAGAUAGCGAAGAGGAAAAAGACGAGGAUGUUGUGUCGCUUGAACAGGCCCAAAUUAUUCAGCGAAGUUUGUUGAACCCGGCUCCUGAUCAAAGGUUGGGAGAUUGGGAGAAACAUACCAAAGGAAUUGGGUCAAAAAUUAUGCUGAAGAUGGGUUACGUCGUCGGAGCAGGACUUGGAAGCAGAGGUGAAGGAAUAGUUGUUCCGGUUAGUGCCCAAGUUUUACCUCAAGGUAGAUCGUUGGACUAUUGUAUGCAACUCCGCGAACAGGCCAAUGGCGAUAAGAAUCUAUUCAGUGUUGAGAAGAAGCUUCUGCGCCAGAAGAGGAUUCAAGAGAAGCGCGAUUCCAAAAAUUACGCCAAAAACAAACCCAAAAAGGAUGUCUUCAACUUUCUAAACAGCGAAAUUUUCGGUUCCAACAGCAGUUUGCCCAGCCCAUCAACCAGUAGAAACUCCACUGGAAAUCAUUCCAGCCCCAUCGAUCUACCUGGAACAUCGUCGAAAAACCUCAACAUUGCCAGCCUCAAACUAACCGAACAGAUGCGCCGGCUGGAAAUGGACAUAGAAAAGUUGUCCCAUUCGCUAACGCGACACCAGCCGGGUUCGAAGAUGCACUCGAAUCUUCAGAGGCAGAUUGCCGACAAGCGGCGGGAGGUUUCCGAGAUUCAAAAAACGGAAUACUCCAUUUCUCGAGAGCAACAGUUGCGGAGUGAUAAACGCAAAAUGACAGUAUUUUAGGAAAUGGGAGAGUAAAAUUGAAAAUUGUAUGCUUAUCGAGGUAA